CACAGAAACAGUUGAGAUGACAUGAGGAGCCACUUCCUUCACUUCAGUCCGCUGCUGCUCGAGCUGCGCCUCCCUGCGAUGACGACCCGCCGAACUGCGAGGAUUCCACCGCUCGUGAAGCUGCGCCUGGCUUCAGAGCAACUUGUGGCGUGAACUCUUCAUCGUGCAUCAGCCCCUGGAUGCGGGUUGAGAGAGUUUCGCGAGGUUUUGCUGAAAGCUGCAGCAAAGUUUCACACAAGCCAACUGAACCUGCUGCAACAGGAAACCAGAGGCACCAGCACACAAGUGAAACCCGCGCCACUGAAGGCCGGGCCCUUGUGCCUCUGUAGCUUCAGUCCCUCCAUGUCCCCCUGCUGUCUGUAGACGGAGGCGAUGGAGAGCCCGUCCUCCACAGUGAGGCGGCGAGCCUGGAUCAACAGCAGCCGACGGCGGUCCACUCUGGAGGAGCCGGACCCCGGGAGGCGGCUGUGCAGCCUCCCAUCGGCGUCCAUCACAGAUGACGACGUCUUCUCUGAUGGAUGCUUCACAGGAAAGAUCGAGGACUGGCUGCAGGGUUGUGGGUCAAACAACCCCCGCCAGCUGAGCCUUGAGUCUAUGGUCAAAGCCAACAACUGUGAUGAUGACCUCAGUCUUGGUGCUGAUGCCUCUGAGUUAAACGGUGGGAAAAUUCCAUGUGAAGCUGGUCCCGCCCAGCAUCCGUCCACGAAACAUCGACGAGGCAGACUCACCAGCAGCAGAGGUGGACUAUGUCUGCCGUCAUUUCCCUUGGGGCACAGUAUGGCCUCCAGCUGUCCCUCCUCCUCCUACACCUGUAAAACGACAUCAAGUGUAUCUGAGGUCCUGAAUAUGUAUUCGGAAGAUGCAGAGGAGACGCUGUACGAGUUGGGUUUUGGCAACGAUGAGCCACAGGCCCCGGUGCGCAUCCCUCCUCGUUUCUUCACCUUCCCGUCUCAAGCUCAGGGCAUCAGCUUCCGCCUCUUCCUGGACGCACAGCUGCGGCGGAUACGAGAGGAGGACCCCAGCAUCACUCUUGCUAGUCGUUUCAGACAAGUCCAAACGCUCACAGCGACGGCCAACGCCUUUUACUCCCUCUACUCCCACGUGUCCCGCACCCCUCUCCAGAAACUGGUCCCACCGGAGUUAUGCCUCUCGUCUCCCAUGGAGAAGAUCGACCGCUUCAGGAACAGCGUUCGCAGUGAGCCGCGCUCUCCGGUGGAGAGGCUGAAGGACACCGUCUCCAAGAUGUGCCUCUACACGGGCUCCCCUCGAGGCUCAGUCUCCACCUCUCCGCAGCCGUCACCCAGGAAAAGGUCCAGCCUCCCUGACGUUGUGGAUCUGGUCCUUGUUAAAGUGAAGACGGAGGCGACCAAGAAACUGGAUAUGGGGGAAUAUAACAGGAGUAGUUCAUCUGUGGAUAUUGGGCUCAUAGAUGAUGAUAGAUCCUGUAGCAGUGGACAAAUUGACACAGACAUUGGAAAUAAAAUCCAUCAUAAGGAGACAAGCAGUAAACAAACAGAUCAUUUUGAUGCUGAUGAGAACGUCGUCCAACCAGCAGAUGAUGAAAGAAAGACACUGAAUAUAAAAACAUCUCUUGCCACAUUAUCAGGAGAAACUGAUCAUCAGGGUCUUUCCCCUCCGGCAGAGCAGGUUGCCAUGGUUACACAUGAUCUAAUCUGCCCGCAGAUAGUCGAGAUCGACUCGGCACCCUUCUGCUGUCAACACACACGCUGUCCGAAAACAAACACUGGGACAGAAGGCACUGAUAAAGCACAUGAACCCAACAUACAAGCCCCUAUAUCUGUUCCUGGUGAGGACUCAUCCUACACAGGGGACGUUACGUCUUCUGGAGGGGUCAGACCGGUGGGAGCAUCCAGCUCACUUCCUGUCCUGGCCCCCAAUGACUGCCAUACAAAUUACUGCAUCAAUGUGACCGGCUGGGAGGGGGAUGGUCCCUCCUCCUCCAGUGCACCACAUUCCUGUCAUGCUUCAAAUGUCCCGCCUGUCCAGACGCGUGAGGGGUCGUUAGAAGGCGGGAAGACCCGGUACCUGAAUCCUCCGACUCAUCAGGGCCUGAGGAAAGUCUCCAAUAACGUGAAACAGGUUAACUCGUUUGAGCUGGAGGAGGUGCACAGUGCAGGGGAGGAAGAGUUUGGACAGUCAAAUACUACAAGAACUACAAACUCACCAGUGUGCACGCAAGGCCAGUACAAAGGUGAAGUGGUCCGGGGUGACAGCGUGCAGUCAGACAGCAGCGGCUACGCGGACGAAGAAGUCAGUCCCUCAUCGGACCGACAUGCCAGAUGACACAAAGACACGGAACUCCAUCAUUCAAUCUUCACACAUUUGCACGGAGGAUUUGAGUUUGCACGACUCGUGACUUGUGCGUCCAAAUGACUUGGUCCCAUGUGAAACUUUCAGAGGAUCUACACUGAAGAAAUCGAGUUUAUCAAAAGGUUUUUCCCAGCGCUCAUCCUCAAUACAAUUACUGUAAAUGAAUAAACAUGAAGUCAAUGAAA